GAAGGCGGCAAUAUACGAUGCUUUUGGCAGUUUCAUCAGCUCAGCUGUCGGGUGACCCAAAUUGAGGCUUAUCUUUUAAGCAAACAUUAGUGUAGCUGCCACUUUAAUAAACUCAGUCGGUUUCAUAAGAAAUGAAGAUGUCCUCAAAGCUCCACGGCUAUUCACAUGCGAUUAUCAUUAUCGACUUAAUGGAUAUCGGGAAUUGAACAUGGGGAAUGAGAUGGGCAACAACAACACAUCUUCUCUCAAAGAAGCUGAGGAGGAGAGAGUGAGGGUCAAUGCUCCAAAUGGAUCUUUACACGAGACUGUCAAGGAAAAUGAUGUGAAAGGAGAUCAUCUGAUUGCAGAAGAUGACAGCAAGGAGUCCGAUGAAAAAGCUGAAGACUUGGCUUUCCACUGUGCAAUCGCAGGAGAUAAUCAUGUCGACCAAUUGAUUACAAGUGAAGAAAACCCUCAAGUUCUUUCUCAAGUCACGCAUGAAGUAAAUGAAGGAGAUAGACAUGUAGAAGACCAGCCACGACUUUCGCCAGUGAAUCUGGAGGAUACAGAGCCUUCAAUGGAAUCAGAUGUGGGCGAGUGUGAGAAAAGUGACAGUCAGCUAAAUAUUGAGGCAGCUGAUAUAGAAGACCCUCAAGUUCUUUCUCGAGCUACGGAUGAAGUAAAUGAAGGAGAUAGACAUGUAGAAGACCAGCCAGAACUUUCAUCGGUGAAUCUGGAUGAUACAGACCCUUCAGUGGAAUCAGAUGUGGGCAAGCAUGACAAAAGCGACAGUCAGCUAAAUAUUGAGGCAGCUAAUAUAGAAGACCCUCAACUUCUUUCUCAAGCCACGUAUGAAGUAAAUGAAGGAGAUCGCUAUGUAGAAGACCGGCCAGAAGUUUUGUUGCUGAAUUCGGAGGACACAGAGCCUUCAAUGGAAUCAGAUGUGGGCAAGCGUGACAAAAGUGACAGUCAGCUAAAUAUUGAGGCAGCUAGUAUAGAAGUUGAAAACGGAGAAACAAAUUCCAGUCUUACUGUAUUGGGUGAUUUGGAAACUCAAACGUCUGAGGGAGUUAAAACUGAUCCACUUGGAUUAGAUAAGGUCGAUGUUAGCAUGUUGGUGUCAGAUGCAUGUGGAUUGGAAGUAUCAAGAGAGGACUUUCUAGGAUCACCUUCAACAUUCCCAGCUGGGGGCAAUACGUCGGUGUCAGAUGCAUGUGGAUCGGAAGUAUCAGGAGAGGACUUUGUAGGAUCACCUUCAACAUUCUUAGCUGAGGGCAAUGAUCCAACACAAGGGAUCGAAAUACCAAGCGGCAUGAAUGUUACUUUCCUCUCCAAUGCCGACUUUGAAUGUACACACUUAAAAUUGGAACAAGAACAAGUGGAAGGUGAUAAAGCAUCCAAUGUUGAGGUGGUAAUGAUGAACAAUGAAAAUCGAUCAGAAGACAGAACGGAAUCAAACUUUCUGAAUUUUGGUCAUGAAGAAAAACUCAAUGAGGCGACCACGGUAAGUGGUUCCACAUUGCAAUCUGAAGAUUCUGUGGCAGAUCACUCCCCAUACUCUCAUCCAGAAGUUUCGGAGCUCGAGGACCAAAGUAGUCUUGUCAUGGAAGAAAUUGAGUUCACAAGCAGUACACCCGUGAAUGAAAAUAACAUCAAGUGUGAUGAUGGCUUUGGUGGGCAUUCUGAUGAACUGUGGAACAUUCAACCUGAACAGGCUGAGGCAAAGGAUGUCUCUGAAAUGGUUGUUGGACUUGAAACCAUAACUGAUGAUGUAGGAAACACAGUUGAGGUGCCUUUGGAUUGCCCAAGUGCUGAGGAAUGUAAAGUCAAGGUGACUGAUGUUGCAGAAAAUGGUUUUCAGGAUGAGAUAUGUGCCAAGGCAUCCAAGGACUUUCAUGAGUACAUGGAAGGAGAAGACUGUUCCAUGCCAAUUUCGGUAGAGCCAGAAGCUGGAGAUACCAAUCGUGACGAGAAUGACCCGGCUGAAAAGGAAAUGAUAGAAGACAAACGUGUUGAAACAGAGCUUUCACAGGCCAUUGUAGAUGAUACAAGCAGAAAAGAUAUCAUGAAACAAUUCAUCCCAGUACAUUCUCCACAUAUCCGAGAGUCUCUCUCGUCCUUUGACUACCCUGUAAUGAUUGCGCAUCCUGUAUCAGAGACCAAAGCUUCAGGGGAUCAAUGCAACAGUAAAUCACAACAGUGCCAAAUGCCUCUGACUCCUGGUGGCAAUACCAAACUGGAGAAGAUUUCCGGUAGCCUAAGCACGGAAUUGAAGUCUUACAAUGACACAAACAUCCAUCCUCAGCUGCAGAAAUUUCCUAGCUUUGAUUUUGAUCUCCUUAAUGGGUCGAGGAACGAAGAGUCAGAUCAGACGCCGCUGCUCUUCCCCGAUAGAAGCACAUUCAGGAGUAUGUCAAUGAAAGGUCGUUGUGAUCGAGCCGAGCAAAGGGAGUGUUUGGAAGAGAAGACUGUUUGGAUUGACAGAAGCGAUUCAGAGAGAUCGAAAACCCCAUUUCUAGGCUUGUCAAAGAAAGAACAAGAAGAUGAUGAAAAGCAAGAAGCCUAUCUUGUUGCCACUCCCCAGAAACAAGUGGUCAUAGAAGCUGACACUAAGGCAAGCAAGGCAAUGUGGGUGGUUCCUACGGAAGAAGUUGGAUCAACCUCUCCGAAAGGUAAAGAGAAGAGGAAGUUCAGGUCCUCCCUCUUUGGCAACUGCAUGUGCUGUGCAACUGUCAUCAACUGAUGAUUCAUUCACCAUUAUGACAAAAAAAAGAAAAAAAAAAGCAAGCUUUUUGGGGAUUUCCAUUACUCGAUUGUUUUUACUUUGUUCUGGGGGGAUUUUUAUUUUUAUUUUUUCAGUUUACGGAGAAACAGUAAAAUCAGAGAUACGAGGAUUGUGAAGAGAGGGUGUUCAAGUUCGUUGGUUGGUCAGUAUUUGGGAUAAACCAAUGGACAGUGAGUGUUGCAACAAUGGAAAGUUGCAAGUUUCUCUUUUUUUUUUGGGUUAAUUUCAUUUUCCUUCCUUGUUAUGGGUAAAAUCUCUUGUGGUAUCUAAAGCAGGUAUAAGUUGAUAUAACUCUUUGUCUUC